AUGAAGAAGACCAAGUUACCCGGCGCCUGGAAGAAGACUACGAGUAAAUUGGAGACGGAAUUGCGUAAUGACAGGAAAGAGUACUUGCAUGCCAGGAAAAACCACACAGUUACAUGGCGCAAGGAGUUCUUGACUGUUCAAGUGAAGAAAUCUAAGAAGAAACAAUGGACAUCGCGCAAGGCUAGAGAUCGCUUUUUGAGGUUACGACGGAUGAAGCAACGAGAGGAGGCAAGACGCCGCCGCCGCGCCCAGUCAAAAGGAUGUACCGGUGGUUUGCAAGCGAUUCAAGUUGAGGAGAAGUUACCUACCAGAAAAAUGUUCAACGGGGCGGACGCAGAGAGGAACUCCUUCGCCCUACUGGAGGGCCGCCCUCCAAUGCCGGAUGGGAUCGAUUCUUACACUCAGCCAUUCCUGGAGCAGUGCCGGUUCCAUCGAGGGCACUCCAUGAUCCCGAUGGAAGUGUCGCCUGAGGAUCAUACUUGCUUCUGGUCUUGUAAUCCAGAGAAUAAGGGCUCGGAAACGCACGGGCUACAUAAUGGUCAUUUCAAGGCUGGGAUCUAUUCUCCUAUGGUGGCCCAAUGUGACGCUCUCUUCCACCACAUACCUUUGAUAACUGGGUUCGUCCCUGACAACUGGUGGCAUCUGAUGAACUUUGCUAUUGAAAAGAAGCCAGGAGACUUUUGGCUGACAAAAAUGCGUACGAUUCAGCUCAUGAACUCUGAAUCUCAAGCGAACUACAAGAAACUGGGCCGCCUGGCCAUGGCCUACGGUGAAGAACAUCACCUCCUGGCUGAUGCUUCCCCUGCGACAUGGUUCUUGCCCCUCUCAAAUUCCAGGGUCUGGGCAUCCCCCAUCCGUUUGGCACUCAGGUUUCCAAACAUAUUGAGGUUCUGCUCUGCCACUCGUCCAACUGAACAAAAACUGGGGCGUAUAUGGAGGCUGCGGUUCAAGAACACCAACUUGAGACCGGCACCUCCUUCGUACAGCAACACGGCAAUUUUGGCGUCAGAUACCUGGCUCAAAAGAGUCUGGAAAGAGUUGGAGGACUACGUUGCUCUCAAGACUCCGGUCCUCCCUCUCCGGUGUGAAGGCGAUGCUUUGCUCAUUGAGGUAUUCAUGGAGUUGGAAGUGGACCAGGACGCUUUGAAGUGGCUCAACUGGUUUUGCAUGUUCCUCCAAGUUUGCACCAUCUCCGACAUUGUGACGGCUAACGGCCGCAGCUUCCGGGAGUCAAUAUGGCAUGGGGAACGCGACUACACUCAUCGUUCUUCAUCUCAAUGGCCUCCCACUGUCCGACCCAACAGGAACCACUGGAGGGUGUGGCAGGAGAACCUUACUCGAGCACUACUGGUCUCCGACGGAACCCAGCGCCUCCUGCGUCAUCCACUGGGCCCAUGGUUUGAUCCUCUCGACAACUGGAACUGGUUAUGGUCUUCUACCCAAGGAUUGUUCCACCGCCAGGGCCACCGUUGGCAACACUACCGUCACCAUCGCUCCCCCACGCGGAGCCUUCAAUGGGACUAUACUCGUUCUGAUCAAUUGCCCGGGCGCAAUCAACCACAUAAUGAGUCCGCCGACAACGGAGCCUGCUUCUUACCGGCUCCCUUUUGGACCCAACCACUCUCAGAGGACGUGUGCCGAGCUACCCUUCACAUUACGCCUUCACUUGGUACUCUUGCCCUCACCGGCAUUGGGACAGAACCGCUGCAGCCGCACCACGACUCCCAACCGUCUUUACUGGCCGCCUGGAUGGCCGUCUCAGCCGAGGUGACCGAGUAUGUUGGAUGGACCCCUGAAGAAACAGAGAUCGACGGCGACGAAAGCCUUCUUGCUGAAGCCCUACUCAAAGACCGGCUGUGCGUGAUCAGCGACGGUUCUUAUAAGCUAGGUCUGGGCACAGCGGCAGUUCAACUGCUCCCACAUAAGGCUGGCAAGGAACAUAUUAUUGUUCGUUGCCAAACUCCAGGCCUACCUGGUGACCAGAGCGCGUAUCGGAUCACACCGCAACAAGCCCAGUUUGACCUGGUCUCCUCUAUCCGAGAGGCACUUGCCCGCUACAGGGCCUUGUGGGAACCUAGCCACGUGUACGGUCACCUUGAUAAGGCGACAUUCUUUUCGUGCCUCUCUUGGUGGUCCAAACGGAAUGUGGAAGUGGAUGAGUGGGCGGUUGCUUAUUGUCACCAGCUCAAAGCUUCUCACCAACUGAUUGCACCCAACGCUCGUUUCUUUACCGAAUUGGCUGCCCUCUACAUUGGUGACGUCAAACAGUCGCGAUUGAAUCCAGAGCAUAUCCAGGAACUGGUGGCGCUGCCUGCUCUACGCAAGCGAUGGCACAAGCGGCAGACGAUUACACCGGAGGCAGAGCUUGAGACCGAUUGGACCAGUCUGGCUCGCGCCAUGAGCUCCCUUCCGGCAGGUUUCCAAUGCUGGACUACAAAGCAUGUUGUGGGUAUGUGUGGUGUGGGGAAGUUCAAAGUCCGGUGGGGUUCCGCAGACUCAGCUACGUGCCCCUGCUGCGGCGAGUUCAAGGACCACUUUCAUGUCCCUCGAUGCAUGGUGCCCUCUGAGAGUGCGGAAUGGGAUCGCCGGACGGUGAUCUUGGACCAAUGGCUGGGCGUUCAAGUCACUGACCCAGCCAUCAAACACGCUAUCCUUCAUCUUCUUCAAGGGGUCCGUGAUCCGUCCCUACCUUCCAGUCGGGUGGUUCAGGCCUCCAUAGUAUAA